AUGGAGCAGGGACCUGCGGCGGCGGUGGGGACUGCUGGAGCUGUCGGGGCAGCAGCCAGCGCCAGCGCCCCUGCUGCAGCAGCAGCUGGGGCUGCGGGAGCCUCGACGUCUGGGGCCAGCGCGGGCUACUGCCAGGUGCCACUGCCCCUGAGUGACAACGAACAGCAGUGCUACUCCGAGCUCUUCGCGCGCUGUUGCUGCGCCUCCGCCACCUCCUCCUCGUCCUCUUCCUCCUCCUCGUCCUCUUCCUCCUCUGGACACCCUCAACCACCCUCUGAAGUGUGCAGGGGAGCCUCGAUCCCCGGACCUGCAGUCACUGCAGGGGCCAGCCAAGUGGGAGAUCUGUUCAGGGCAUCGCAGCUCCCCGCCGAGACCCUGCACCAGAUCACAGAACUGUGUGGUGCAAAACGUGUUGGUUAUUUUGGUCCAACACAGUUUUAUGUUGCCCUGAAAUUAAUUGCUGCAGCACAGUCUGGCCUUCCUGUACGAAUAGAGAGUAUUAAAUGUGAACUGCCUCUCCCUCGAUUUAUGGCCCUGAAAAAUGACAGUGAAAUAAGAUACAGCAAUCCAGCCGAUCUUCAUGGAUUGAAGUGUCAGAUUCCAUAUGUAACCAUGGAAAAGAAUUCCUUCAAGAGAGUGGAUGAUGGGGAAAAACAGCAGGAGACAAUGUCUCCCACAAUGUCUCCAAUUAGUUCUCCUCCUUCUUCUCCAUCCAACUACCAAAGGGUACCUCUGACCUAUGGCUAUGGUAAAUUGAGAAGUGGGAUGGAUCAGAUCCAUGCAGAGAAAAGAGAACUAGGAAUGAUGUAUACAAGUUGCAGAGGUCAGAUUUCAACUCGUUCUCCUUAUGAAGCUAGACAAGUUGCCCUUCAACAGGAGGGUCCCACAGCGGGAAGCCAUGGAUCCAAGCCCACACGACUGCAGGCUUCCCUUAUUCGGUCCCUUUCAGUAGAAAGAGAACCACAGGAAAGCAACAAUAAUUACCCAGAUGACCCGUGGAGAAUAACUGAAGAACAGCGAGAAUAUUACAUCAAUCAAUUCAAAUCCCUUCAACCUGACCUGAGUUCCUUCAUUUCAGGUUCCCUGGCAAAGAACUUUUUCACCAAAUCCAAGCUGACUAUUCCAGAGCUUUCCUAUAUAUGGGAGCUCAGUGAUGUGGACUGUGAUGGAGCCUUGACAUUGCCUGAAUUCUGUGCUGCCUUUCACCUCAUCGUGGCCAGGAAGAAUGGCUACCCUCUGCCUGAAUCUCUGCCGCAAACCUUGCAGCCAGACUACCUACAAACAGCUUUUCUUAAGCCCAAACGGGACUGUGCAUUAUUUGAUUCUUAUUCUGAGUCGAUGACAGUGAACCAACAGCCACGAGACUUGAAUAGAAUUGAGAAGACUUCUAUUAAAGAGAAGGCUGAUCUAACAGCACCAGCUCAGGAUGUGAAUAUUGAUGACAAACAAGCUUUGAAAAUAAGCUCUGUGGAUGAAGCCAUGCCAAAGGAUUUGUCUGUCGACACAGCUACUCCUAAGGACUUGAACACUCUCAGAGCAAGACCGAGAUCCAGAUCUUACUCUAACACAUCUCUAGAAGAGGCCAUGAAAAGGGUCGAGGAACCUCCCACUCCCCCACCGAGACCACAGAAAUCCCAUUCCAGAGCCUCCUCCUUGGAUCUGAAUAAAGUCUUCCAGCCAAAUGCUCCAGCUGCUAAACCAGGAUUGUUACCUCCACCACCAGCUCUUCCCCCCAGACCUUUUGUAUCACAGAUUUCACACCACAACACAAACAGUGACUCCAUUAGCCAUUCCAAGCCUCUAGGACAGCUUCCAGGUUAUGGCGAUUUCAGACUCCCGGAGCAGACAGAACAAGUAUCAGAGAUUGAAUUACAUCCCCAAUUGACCAGAACUCCUUCCCAGACAGAGGAGAGUGGAAGUCCUGUGAAAAAGGACCUGCCAUACACACAGCCACCAUCAAAGCCCAUUCGCCGAAAAUUCCGACCUGAAAAUCAAGUAAUGGAAAACCAAGAACCUUCUGUGAGUGGGACAUCUUCUGUGCCAACUGCGAAGCCACACGCACCAGUCCAAAAACAGUCUUCUAAGCAGAAGAAGGCAAUCCAAACUGCUAUUCGGAAAAAUAAGGAGGCCAAUGCUGUGCUAGCAAGGUUGAAUAGCGAACUCCAACAGCAGCUAAAGGAAGUUCACCAAGAACGCAUUGCUUUGGAAAACCAAUUGGAACAGCUUCGCCCUGUCACAGUCUUGUGACCUUUGGGUGUGAGUGGGAGCAGCUGACCUCUGUGCCAAGGUCUUCCCUUUUCACUGUUGGAACACAUCCUCUGGGAAAAGUUGUAUGACUGUGUCAAAAGCAGGGAGAAGUAGAAUGUGAUUUGUAUCCUGUUCCUCCCCCACCCUCCCCCCUCACUUGCCAUCCCUAUGUUUCUAUCUGCUGGUGGAAAAGUCCUUCAGUUAUUGGUCAAACUUGAGAUUGUGACUAAAUAGUGGAAUUUGUCUCAUGGUGAUCUAUUCUCAAAUGUUUCUUCAGGGUAUUCAAAGAUGGAAUUUUCACCAAAAAUCGAAUCCAAUUCCUUAGCCCUUUAAUAAAUUU